GCUAGCACGAAACUGUCAGCGCCACAUCACGUUGGCCUGCGUCCUCUAUCUGUGUUAUCUUCAUCUCUUCAGUGUCUUACUUUCUUCACUGAAAAAGACAAUACUCACGGUCUCCGCCAUGGAUUCCAGCUCCGCCGAAGUAGCCUACGACUUUUCCCCGUUGCUCAAAGUCUACAGAGAUGGUCGCGUUGAGAGACUCAUUGGCACCGACUUCGCUGCUCCGUCCCCCGACGACCCUAACACUGGCGUCCGAUCCCAUGACGUUGUCAUCUCCCAAGAAGUCCCCAUCUCGGCCAGGCUCUUCGCUCCCAAAAUCAUCGGUCCCGGCCACAAGCUUCCUCUUCUUGUCUACUUCCAUGGAGGAGGCUUUGUCAUCGAAACCCCCUUCACCGCACAGUACCACAACUACCUCAACUCCGUCGUGUCCGCGGCCAACGUCGUCGCCGUUUCCGUUGAUUACAGAAGAGCCCCGGAACACCCCGUUCCUGCUGCCUUCGAUGACUCCUGGACGUCGCUCAAAUGGGUCGCUUCCCAUUCCAGUGGGAACGGAUCCCAGGAGCUACUCAACCGUCACGUGGAUUUCGAGAAAGUAUUCUUCGCCGGAGACAGCGCCGGAGCGACCAUCGCACACCACAUGGCGAUUCGCGUCGGCGCGGAAGGAUUACCGGGUGUGAAUCUGGAAGGGAUCAUUCUGGUGCAUCCAUUCUUCUGGGGAGUGGAGCCAAUAGGGUCGGAGAAGACAGGAGCGAGGGAGAGGUCCUUCGCGGAUAAUCUGUGGCGUUUUGUGUGCCCGAGGACGGAAGGAUCGGACGACCCAAUAAUGAACCCGGCAAAGGAUCCGAAGGUGGGAAGCUUGGGUUGCAGAAAGAUACUGGUUUGUGUUGCAGAGAAGGAUGCGCUGAAAGAGAGAGGUUGGUACUACAAGGAAGCGGUGGAGAAGAGUGGGUGGAAGGGAAUGGUGGAAGUCAUGGAAGCCAAGGACGAGGGUCAUGUGUUUCAUCUGUUCAAUCCAACCUGCGACAAUGCUUUGGCCAUGCUCAACACUAUCGUCUCGUUCAUCAAUCAGGGUUAAGAAUUAUCAUCAUGCAGUUUCUGGGUUGUGUUUAACUUUCAUGGGAUGGGAGAUUGAUUGGAUUCAAUAAAGAUGUAAUUGAUCAACAACUUUGGUAUGGUCACCUGCAUAAGUGUUAUUGUGGAUUAAUAAUAAUAUUAGCGGUGGUGGUGGUUU